GGUGGAAAGUUGGAUCUUGAAAACGUUCCAGACCAAAAACAGGAUGCCAAGUUCAUAUCUAUCAGACAUCUGCCGGAGGAAUUUUCAGUGUGUGCAGCAACUGACACUGGGGACCUGUUGCUGUGGAAUGUACUUUCAUUUGAGGUAGAAUGUGUAGGAACUGUGGACUCUGGCCUCACAGCAAUGUCAUGGAGCCCAGAACAGGAGCUAGUCAUUCUUACUACAGGUGCUGAGACUUUAAUUAUGAUGACUCGAGAGUUUGAUCCUAUAAUUGAGCUAAGUUUACAUCCUGACAAGUCUGGUGAAGCUGAGUUUGUCCAGGUUGGCUGGGGAAAGAAGGAGACACAGUUUCAUGGAUCAGCAGGAAAACAGGCAGCUUAUGUCAAACCUGAGGAGGUAAAACCAGCUAUGACAUGGGAUGACCGUGUACCAAGAAUUACCUGGAAAGCGGACGGACAGUACUUUGCAAUAAGUUCUAUACAUCCAAAUACAGGAGCUCGGAAAAUGUGUGUCUGGACAAGAGAAGGUGUACAUCACUCUACCAGCGAGAAUGUUGACGGUAUUGAACAGUCCUUGUCAUGGAGGCCAAGUGGGAGUUUGAUAGCCACUUCACAGAGACGUCCUAACAAACAUGAUAUUGCAUUCUUUGAGAGAAAUGGUCUGAGGCAUGGGGAGUUUACUCUGCCUUUCUCUGUCAGUCAAGUCAAGGUAAAGGAAGUCUACUGGAACAAUGACUCCACUAUACUGGCAGUUUGGUGUGAAGAUCUCAGUGAAGAUAGUAACCCAAAAUCAUAUGUGCAGCUGUGGACUACAGGAAACUAUCACUGGUACUUAAAACAGAGUUUACAUUUUGAGGGCCUUGAACAGAGCAUAGGUGCAAUAUUGUGGGACCCGGAACAGGAAUACAAACUGCAUGUGAUAUGUAAAAAUGGAGGAUAUUUUCAAUAUACCUGGGCCUGGACUACAACAUACAGUAUGGGAAGAUGUUCUGAGGAUCAAGCUUUAGUGGCAGUAAUAGAUGGAGCAAGUGUCUUGAUGACACCCAUGCGUCAUAUGGUAGUCCCUCCCCCAAUGUCAGCCUAUCAAUUACAGUUACCUGCAGCUGUCAAUCAAGUUAUGUUUGCUCCACCCCCUCAGUCAAACAAUGUGGCAGUGGUGCUUGUUGAUAACAGAGUGGCAGUGUUCAAGUUCAUUGAGAAAAGUCAGACUGGUGAUGAGGUCAAGGUGAAUGCUGCAGGAGGAAAUGGUUUUAAAAGAUGUUGCUCAUUUCCAACACUGCAUGGAAUUUUCAGUAUCAAAGGGCUAGGGGAGGAUUGUGGGUACCCAUUGGCAACAUCACAUUUUACGUGGAUAUCUGAAGACACUAUACUGUUUGCUACAGUAUCCACAUCAGAGUCUCCACAUUCUGUAAUCCACAAAGCUAAAAUGAAUUGUGAUAAAAUUACAGUGGUUGGAAGUACAACAGUAGAAUCUCGGAUAUUUAACACAGCAUAUGAUCCGUGCACAAAAUGUCUCGCUGUACAGCUUGUUGAUGGAACAGUGCUCAAGUACACACCAGAAGAUGAAAUGUUACUUCCAUGGGAGACAACUGAUGGAAUAGAGGUGCAGUUUCCUUCCCCUUGCACACAGAUGGCGCUUUGUCAUAUUGGAGGGGAGACAUGUGUUUUGGGACUGACUCAGAGAUACAGAUUUUAUGUGAAUAAUGUUGAGGUUGCCAGUAACUGCACAUCAUUUUCUGUACAUGACGAGUUUCUACUAUUAACAACAUUGUCUCACACUUGUAGAUGUAUCAGCUUACAUACAAAAGUCAAAGACUUACCAACAUUGUCUGAUGGGAAAGCACAUCCGUUUGAUGAAAGUGUACGUAGAGUGGAAAGAGGUUCACAGAUUGUGGUGUCAGUUGCAGAUGAUACAAAUGUCAUACUUCAGAUGCCACGUGGUAACCUAGAAACCAUUCAUCCACGAGCUCUAGUACUAACUGCUGUACGCAAACACCUUGACAGGCUACAGUUUCUGGAUGCAUUUACAAUAAUGAGAAAGCACAGAAUCAAUAUGAACCUGUUAUAUGAUCACAGUCCUGAGACGUUUAUACAGAAUAUCAAGUUGUUUGUACAACAAGUGGCAGCAGUCAAUCACAUAAACUUGUUCCUGACAGAUCUGUUAGAGGAAGAUGUAACUGUUACCAUGUAUACGGCAGCGUACGAGAGAAAUAAAACAGGUGCACCAGACAGCGCCUCUAGUCAGGAGUGUAACAAAGUGGACAAAAUUUGUGAUGCAGUAAGAGAGGCCCUCAAGUCCAUUGAUGAAAACAAAUACAUGUUGUCAGUCAUCACAACUUACGUACGGAAAACUAAACCUCAGUUAGAGGAGGCCCUUCAACUGGUCAAAAAUCUCAGAGAUUGUGAGAAUGAUCUUCCACAUAUAAGUGCAGAGGAGGCGCUAAAGUAUCUCCUGUUCCUUGUUGAUGUAAAUGAACUGUACGAUGUGGCAUUGGGAACCUAUGAUUUUGACCUCGUUCUCAUGGUGGCAGAGAAAUCACAGAAGGAUCCAAAGGAAUAUAUUCCAUUUAUGAAUCAGUUACGGAAACUAGAGACAAACUACCAGAGGUACACAAUAGAUAAGCAUCUUAAAAGAUAUAAAAAGGCCCUCGAAAAUAUUGUCAAAUGCGGGCCAGAACAUUUCAGUGAAUGCUUGUCUUUAAUCAAUGAACACAAGCUACAUACGACAGCAUUACAACUGUAUCAAUCAUCAUCAAGCGAAUACAAGGAAAUAGCGAGUUGCUAUGGUGAUAUUCUGUCUGGAAAACGUCAACACGAGGAGGCGGCCAUUAUGUAUGUCAAGGGAGAUAACUGGGAAUCAGCAUUGACAUCUUUCACAGCAUGCCACCAAUGGCAACAAGUUUUCUGUAUGACAUCACAGUUGAAAUACUCUUCAGAACAGGAGUCAGAAACAGCCAGACAAAUUGCUGAUGAUUUAAAGACAAGGGGAAGGCACUCUGAGGCUGCCAUAGUUCUAGAACAGUAUGCUAAGGACUCAGAAGAAGCUAUUGUGACGUUGAUACAUGGAUGUUUAUGGGAUGAAGCCAUUCGUAUGAUGCAUAAGUACAGAAGAACAGACUUCAUUGAAACAGAUUUGAAAUCUCAGUUAUUGGAAAGCUUUGAUGGGCAUGUUAGUAACCUUGAUCAAAUGAAAGAGAAUUUUGAGAAAUAUAGAACCAGACUAGGAGUUGUGAGACAAGAGAAAGAACAAGCUAGACUGGAACUCAUUGAGAGUGGUGGAGUUGGAAAUGUUCAAGAUGCUGAUCUAUUUUCUGAUACAAGUAGUGCAACCGGGGAGAGUGUACAGUCAUCAAGAUAUUCUGCGGAAACUACAAGCUCAGCCUACAGUAAAAUGUCUGGGCGCUCGGUCAAGAAUCGCCGUAAAGCUGAACACAAAAGAUGGAAGUUGAAGGAAGGAAGUGAAUUUGAAGAUUUUGCAUUGAUAUCUGCCCUUGCUAAAAUCAUCAAAUACGUAGAUGGUCUUAGAGAGGAAAUGAGGUCAUUGGUUCGAGCGUUGGUGAUGUUUCAUUACGACAGACAGGCGGAGCAAAUACAGAAACAGUUUGACAGCUUCCUCACAUUGAUAGAUAAAUCAAUUCCCCAAAUAUGGCUUGACGAGGAGAGUGACCAAGAAUUUCGACCUGUUCUUGGACCCAAUACAACAGCAAAUACAAUAGCUUUAGCAAUGCAGCAAGGGAGAACUAUACAGUCCUCAGAUAGGGAGGAAAAAUUAGAUCCUGUGAUUAAAUUUGCACCAGUUUUACAGAAGGAAGUGAAGUGGAAAUUAUAUGCAUUAGAGACUUGAUGCAAAAAUUAUACAUUAUAAAGACUGUUUUGAUUAUUAGGAUGAGGAGAUAAAAGUUAAAUAAAGUCUGGCUACUUACAAAUAA